GUGGGGCUGCUUUGUCACAUCAGCAUGGGGCCUUACUGCUGAGAGAGGGAGCUCUGAAAAAGAGAGCCUAACUCCUGGGGCAAAGGAGGGGAUAUAGUGGGCUGUGGACUUGACAGAACUAACUGCCUUUACGCUGGAAACCGAGAAAAUCACCAGAAGGCCGCUCCAAAGAACUAAGCAACAGCCUCCAUCGAUAUGGCUGAAAGGGAGUCCAAACUUCCAAAAGAGUAUUCUGGAAACUGCUGAAGCAACGUGAUCCUGUGGGACUUGUCUAAAAAUAACCGCCAUCAGGAAUACAUGGACUUGCUCUGGCUGUCUAACUGGCCAAAGAUUAAACUUUUUUCUCUAAUUGGACUUGUUUAAGGAUGCGCAAAACAUAUUCCCACAGUUGUGUUUGCGAUCUGAAGGUAAUUCCUGAAUGAGUGACUAACCUUCACUUGCCAGAGAGCUUCCUAGAAAAUGUUUCUAUGUUUAAGUUUAGUUUCAUAUGCUGCUCAAGGCUCUUUGAAUAUCUAAGGAGAUAUUUUGAAUCUCAGAGUUGCUGUCAACAAGCUGGCAUUGGCAAAGCCUUAAUUGGACUUCCACUGACUUCCUCCUGGAAGGCAUUUUCAAGUUAUGAAAUGGACGAGUGAAACAACAUCUAGUGAUUUCGAUAGUCUAGUUUCAGAGUAUAGCCAAACUGUUAAUUCAGUAAAAGUAAUCCUGUAGUUUAUUUCCAGUAAAGAAAGUUUGAUACCUCUCUGCUGAAUCAUGCGAAAAGCCGAGGUGCAGAUGACCCUGAAAAAGGGUGCAGAAGAUGGAUCAGGAGGAAUUGCACCUCCAAGCCCACGGAUACCCUCCAAACGGGCUAGAGUCAACCCUGACCAGAUGGUGCCUGACCCAAGCUCCAUCUAUCCCACGCCAACUCCACCUGUUUUCAUCCGAAAAAUGAGGAAUGCUGCCGUAGGUACUGGCUGUGACAUCCGUCUGAAAGUAGCUGUGGCAGGAGAUCCACAGCCCUCUCUCUACUGGUACCACAAUGAUGACCUCCUCAGCAUGGAUAACCAGGAGUAUGGAGGACUGUGGAUACGUGACUGCAAGCCUACUGAUGCAGGCCUCUACACCUGUAUUGCUAGCAACUACCUGGGGGAGGCCAGGAGCAGCGCCGUCCUUGCCGUCUUGGACCUGGGAGAAGACUCUGAAACCACGGAGGACGAAGCAGCCGAGCCUCAGAUGGAGACCAAAGACGGAGGCAGAGGCGAUCCAGAUGAGACCUCCCAGAGGGUCCCUGCAGGAGAGCGGAUGAUGGACGUGGCGUCAGGUGCAAGUGGUCAUGGUGAGAACACGGUGGUGGAGAGAGAGAUGCAGUCCCUGGGAUCAAGAGCAGCGGGGCCACAGGCCGCCAGGAGCCAAUCUGAGGAAGUUUUGAGGGAAUCUCCCCCACAAGUUCUCCCUCCCCCUUCCCCUAAAAUAAUCCGUUCAUCCACCUCUCCCAUGCUCGGCCGAUCUGGCUCUGGUCCCCCCACCCCCCUGACCCCACGCAAGAAAGCUGUUGUGCCGAGUGAAUACCAAGACACAGUACCAGGAGAGUUCGAGGAGAAGAUUAAACAACCAAAGUCUUCAGCCAUGUCCCAGAGUAGUGCGCAGGACUCUCGUCCCCAGACCCCCGUCAGUGACUACUCCCGGAAGGACUUGACCCCCCGUCCCUCUCCUAAACUGAUACGGCCAAGUUCCAAGAUCUUCGAAAGGGUGAGAGUUUUUGAAGAGCGCAGAAGAAGCAUUGACAAUCCUGAGGGGUCAAUCUCUGGACGCUCUUGGGCUGGCUUUAACAGAGCUCCUUCCAUUGACUCUGAUGACGGAGGGAGUCGUCUAGGAAUCUCAAGAGAAAGUUCCAAGGAGGACCUCCAUGAAGCUUUGAAGGCAGAUGCAGAGCAGAGAAGAUCUAUGUUCAGGCAGAGAGCUGCUUCACUAGAGGACAGACCUCGCUACUCCCAGAAAGUGCAAGAUAUUGAGCACAAGUUCACAGAGGAACUCCAGCGAAUCAAAAAGCUUGUGGGGAAACCACAUAUGAAGAAGUCCUUCUCUACUGAACAGCUAUCAACUUUUCACAGGGGCAGGCAGCCCAUCAGAAAACUGGAGCCCAUCCCGCCUCAGGUGCUUCAAAAGCUACAGGACCGGGAGCGUGCUCAGCAAGAGCAAGAGAAGAGAAUAAAGGAACAACCCAAAGACAAAUCACCACAGGGGCAAACACGACAGGUUCAGCAACAGGAACCAUUGUUACAGGAUCAGGUUGGACGAGAGAGGUCACCCAUGACAACUAAAACAAUUAACCAAAGGGCAGAGGAGUCGUCACCUCCAGAAGGUACAUCACCAUCUGAGUUACCUGGACAAAGGUCUCCAAGACUAAUGCGUGGACCUAGUCCAGUUGCUGAAAACCCUCCAAGAUCUCCAGUUGUGGAAAUCACCUCUGUGACUGAUGAGCACCCACACUCCCCUCGAAGAACAAGAGCAGAGUCACCAUCCAGAAAUGUCCUAGAGAUGACAUUACGCAAGGUAGAACCUAGACCUGCAAGCCCACUCGUAAAGAGAGUAGGUCAACUCCAAGAAGUCACCCCAGUCCACAUAGAGGAUGAUACUGUCAAUAGAAAAACACCUAUAGAGAUCACUCUGAGAAAGCUGGACAGAAGACCAGAAAGUCCUCUUGUGCAGAGUGAAAUCAGUGCAGUACAAGAGUGUCCUGUCCAGGCACCACCUCUUAAACCUACAAGGCUUACACUCACCUCCUCUAAAGAAGAGAAGAUGGAGAUAGAUGUGACUCCUCUAGCACCAGCCCUAAAGGUCACUAUCCCACAAAUUAUUGUUGAAGAGGAGCCAAUGGAAACAGAAACUCCUGUACCUGCACACAGUGAUAAAACAAGCAACAAUGCCACUUCUAAAGAGGAAAAACCUCAAAAAGUGAGAGGAAGGGGACGUAAACAAAGACCAAUGUCUCCUGAAUUAGAAUCUUCUGAUGACUCCUAUGUGUCAGCAGAAGAAGACCCUCUAGAGGCCCCAAUAUUUGAGUUUCCUCUUCAGGACACAAUAGCAUCCUCUGGUGCUGAGGUUUUGCUGAAGUGCAUUAUUGCUGGCAAUCCUCUUCCUGAAGUGACAUGGAUGCAGAACAACGUGGAAAUUAAGAACAGUCCCACACACGUGGUGAAAGUGGAGGGAGAGAGGCACAGUCUUCUCAUCAAAUGGACAAAACCAAGUGAUGCUGGCACAUACACUGUAACAGCCACAAAUGAAGUGGGCAAGGCUUCCUGCAGCGCCUCCCUCUUUAUCAAACCAGAGCCUAGCCAAGACGUGAGAGGCAACCUUGGUGUUCCCAUGGACAUCAGUAGCCCCAUCACGUCUGAUGAGGAGUACCUCAGCCCUUUGGAGGAGGCUAUGGAUUUUGUCGGAUCAUCCUACCGUGGUCCUGAACCCCGGAAGACCACAGACACUCGGUUUAAAGAGCCCCCUGCCUUUCAGGUUACUGUAGGAGAUCAGACAGUCAUAGAAGGACAGGAAGUGAUCAUGUCUGUCCGAAUAACUGGCCAGCCCAAACCAAUGCUCUACUGGCUGAGGGACCGAGUAACCAUAAAAACAGGUCCUCGACACAUCGUCCGUGAGACAGAAGAUGGCAACUGUGAGAUGAUAAUAAAAUCAGCUGUGAAGUCUGACGCUGGUGUGUACACCUGUAAAAUCAUCAACGAGUAUGGCACCAAACAGUGUGAAGGCAAAUUAGAGGUGAAAGCCGCUCCAGUAGAACCUGGCCUCGCUAUAAUUCGGCCUCUCAGGGAUGUCAUGGUGAAGGCAGGAGAAUCUGUGAUGUUUGAAUGCCAUGUGAUCGGACCACAGGACAUGGACGUAGACUGGCUAUCAGAUGGGAAGCUCAUCCAGCCAGCGCUUCUGAACUGUAAGAUGCACUUCGACGGGAAGAGGUGCAGAUUGCUGCUCAACUCAGUGCAUGAGGAUGACAGUGGCACAUACACCUGUAAACUGAGCACAGCCAAAGAGGAACUGACCUCAUGUGCUCAGAUGAAGGUCAUUGCUUCUGUCGAGCCACUGUUUACCCGAAAGCUGGAUGUGUUGGAGGUGAUCGAGGGUCGAAAUGCACGGUUUGACUGCAAAGUCAGUGGAACGCCACCACCUGUGGUCACCUGGACUCACUUCGACAAUCCAUUGGUGGAGAGUGAGGAUAUCCGCAUUCUGAAGGAAGGAGGCCGGCACUCGCUGGUUAUCUCCCAUGUGAGCAGUGAUGAUGAGGGGUUCUACACAGUGGUGGCCAAGAACAAACAUGGGGAAGCUGAGUGCUCAGCAGAGCUCUAUGUACAGGAACCCCGGCCAGCUAUGUCAUCUCAGAUGGCUAAGCUAGAGAAGAUGCCAUCCAUUCCUGAGGAGCCAGAGGUUCCUGAGAGCGAGGUAGAGCGCUUUACUAUGCCUGACUUUGUUAAGCCACUGUACGACCUGGAUGUUGUCGAGGGAAAAGAGGCCAUCUUGAAAUGCAAAGUGGCCGGUUUUCCAUAUCCCACCAUUUCUUGGUUCCACAAUGGCAAGAAGAUUGAAAGCACAGAGGACAGGAAGAUGACGCAGUUCAGAGAUAUCCACAGUCUUGUCAUUCGCUCAGUCUGCCAUGCCCACGGUGGUGUCUACAAGAGCGUUAUUUCCAACAAGGUGGGCAAGGCCACAUGCUAUGCCCAUCUGUAUGUAACAGACGUUCUUCCCGAUCCUCCAGAUGGAGCACCGGUAAUUGAGUCCAUUACUGGCAAGACUGUCACUCUUAGCUGGAAGAAACCCAAACGACUGGACCCAUCAAUUGAUCCCAGCACUUUGAUGUACGCUGUCCAGCAGCAGGCCUUGGGCUCUAUACAAUGGACUAUAAUUGCGUCCAGCCUAAAGCAGACCUCCUACACUGUCACCUCUCUAUCCAAGGGUAUCCGCUAUGCCUUUAGGAUCCUAUCAAUCACCAGCAAAGCUUUUAGCAAACCAUCUCUGGCCACAGACCCAGUACAGCUCAUAGACAGGGGUCCAUAUCUUAAGGAGGCCCCAGUUAUUACUGACAAGCCAGACAUGGUGUAUGUGGUGGAGAAUCAGUCGGUCAGCAUUACGGUCACUCUUAACCACGUCAAUGCAGCUGUCACCUGGAAGAUGAGAGGCGCGACCUUGUCAAACAGAGCUGGGUUGUUUGAAAUGAGCAUGCCUGAUGAUGACCAACACACGCUAAAGCUCUGUAAGGUGAAGAGCAGUGAUGUGGGACCACUAAGCUUCACUGCUAGCAAUCCACAUGGAGCUGAUUCCUGCCUCCUCACCCUGGAGAUGGCAGUUGCCCCAACUUUUGAGUCUAUUAUGGAGGAUCUGGAUGUAAGUGUUGGGGAGACACCUCGCUUUGCUGUGGUAGUGGAAGGGAAACCCAUUCCAGACAUCCUCUGGUACAAGAACGACAUCCUUCUAUCAGAGGGUAGCCAUUAUACCUUUGUGUAUGAUGAUAACGAGUGCUCUCUGGUCGUGCUCAACACUCAGCCACAAGAUUCUGGAGUCUACACCUGCACUGCCAAAAACAUCGCUGGCUCCGUUUCCUGCAAGGCUGAGCUCACUGUCCAUGCUACUAAACAGAUGAAGGAUGACCCGAUGGAGGAUGAGGAGUCUAUCCUGAGGAGGAUGAGACGACUCACUGAUUACUAUGACGUUCACAAAGAGAUCGGGAGAGGAGCCUUCUCGUAUGUGAAGCGAGUUACACACAAGGCGGGAAAAAGGGAGUAUGCUGCCAAGUUCAUCUCAGCUCGAGCCAAGAGAAAAGCCUCAGCCCUGAGGGAGAUGAACAUCUUGUCUCACCUUGACCACGAAAGGAUCAUCUACUUUCAUGAUGCCUUUGAGAAGAAGAACGCUGUCAUCAUCAUUACUGAGAUAUGCCAUGAGGAGCUUUUGGAUAGGCUAACAAAGAAAUCAACAGUGACUGAGGCAGAGAUUCGCUCCAGCCUGAGACAGGUCUUAGAGGGAAUUAACUAUCUUCAUCAAAAUGACAUUUUGCAUUUGGACAUUAAGCCGGACAACAUCCUCAUGGCUGACCACUCCAGCGAUCAGAUCCGGAUUUGUGAUUUUGGAAACGCAGUGAAGUUUACACCCGGUGAUCCACAGUAUUGCAAAUAUGGUACUCCAGAAUUCAUUGCCCCUGAGAUUGUUAACCAGACACCAGUCUCCAAGGCAACUGACAUCUGGCCAGUAGGCGUCUUGACAUAUCUGUGUCUAACUGGUGUAUCUCCAUUUGCGGGAGAAAAUGACCGAACCUCCGUGCUGAACAUCAGGAAUUACAACGUGGCUUUUGAGGAGAGCAUGUUUGCAGAUCUCUGCCAUGAAGCAAAAGGAUUUGUCAUCAAAUUACUAGUGGCUGACAGACUGCGGCCAGAUGCCAACGAGUGUCUGCGUCAUCCAUGGUUCAAGAUGCUGAAUAAAGGAAAGAACAUCAGCACAGAGUCCCUCAAAAAAUUCUUGUUAAGAAGAAAAUGGCAGAGAUCUCUUAUUAGCUACAAGUCCAAAAUGGUCAUGAGGUCAAUACCUGCAUUGCUGGACGAUUCUUCAAGUCAUAUUUCCAUUGCUGUCCCACGGCAUUUAAAAGAAGGUUCGCCACCUCCUUCCUCUUCAUCAGACUCUGAUGAAGACAUUGAUGAGCUGCCUUUUAUACCCAUGCCACUGAAUAUGGAGUUCUCAGGCUCCAGAAUGUCACUGAAUGAGAUUAUUGGGGAUGAUGAAAUAAUCAAGAGUAAUAGCAACCUUGAAAGGGCAGGGCCAAUAGCUCAAAAGCCUGAGCCCAUGGAGUGUGAGCAAUUACAUGAAGGUGGUGAUGCUGACAUGCGAGGUCGCGCAAGGAAAAGGACACCCGCUGAUGAUGAAAAAGGGUCCUCUGAUGAAGAACCAGGGGAACUGUCCAAGAGGGCAGAUCAGCCAAAAAGGCCCCUCCGCAGAGGGUCAAGUAUGGAGUCUGACAAGCCUGAUGGAGCACGUCGUAGAGGUGAACUGCGUAGAGGAAGCUCAGCGGAUAGUGCCCUACAACUCCAUAUCAAGCCAGAGGAGGGAGCUGAGGAGAGUCCUACAGAAGGUAGAAGAAUCCUUAAAAAGUCUGUGUCUAUGGAACUGCCACGAAGGAGUCCAAGCCCAGGAGCAGGCAAGCUGAGCCAAGAGGAUUAUGCCUUGAAACUGGAGCUGAUGAGACAAAGGCUUCUCCGAGGAGGCUCUGUGGACAACAAGAUGAGUGGCCUUCGAGGCCCCCUGCUGGAGACCUUGGGCAUGGGUGAUGAUAAGUGUUUUAUACGAGGACCUCGUCUGGGUAACCCUCCUUUAGUUCGGGCAGCAUCCAGUGACACUCCUCGAGAUGACAUUCCAAAGACCAAAGUGCUCCGCAAGAGUGCUUCCUUCAGCCAGGGUGACGAUGAGCCUAUGCCCCUACACAGAAGGAUUGGGGCACCCCUAGAGAUUCCUUUAGCCCAGGUUGAGGAACGUCGCCUGCAGGAAGCUGUGUCCAUGUCUGUUCUUGCAGAGCCAGCCAAGACAGAUUCUCGCCCCACUACCCCAAAGCCACUUACUCCUGAACCAAAGAAGCAGGACAAAGAACCAUCACCUGUCAGGGAGAUUAAGCAUGAGGAAAUUCCUAUUAAGCAAAAAGACAUUGCUACUAUAGUGAAAGGUGAUGAUCAGAAGUCAAAUGAUGAUGCAGUUCAAAAGAAAGAUUCCAGCAUGUUAAACGAAACUGUUCAAGAACCUAAGAAAGUCCCACAAAGUAGGUCAACACCUGUUAUGGUGCCAAGAGUGUUUGUAGAGAAGAUUGAAGAAGAGGAUGAAGGAGAGGAAAAGGAACUAGUAGAAUCUGUAAUAGAACGGGAACCAUCUUUCCCUAAGAUGGAGAAUGAAGAAAUUGAUGAAGAAGUAGAACUGGUUAAAUCAUCAGAGAUCAUUACACCCACUAGUACCACUGAGGUUGCCCCAGUUGUGCCACCUCAAUGUGCUGUCUCAACAUAUGUCACCCCCAGUCCCCCUGUACUAACUGUACUUCCAGAUGGUAGGACAUCUGCAUAUGCAAGUAUCAUGCAGGCCAUCAUAGUUCCAUCCCUGCAGCCACCCAGCCAACCUGCAACCAUCCCUGCAUCUACAAAUAUUUCAACAACACCUUCUACAGCUGGACUUGUUCCUACCACCAUGUCCAGACAUAUUUCAGAGCCAGUUCUGGUGUCAACAACACCAUCAUCCAAGUCAGACACUCAACAAACCACUGAACAUCCAGCAGUUUUCUCUCGAGUUGCAUCAGUAGAACAACCAGCAAAGGAACCAAGUCCACCCAAGACUCCCACACUUGCUUCUCCGAAUAGAGAGCCUUCUCCUGGAGGUCAAAUCCAGGAUCUUGCCUCUGAGGAGGUCUUUGAGGCUCGGUUCAAGAAACGUGAGUCUUCUCUCACUCGUGGGCUGAAACUUCUUUCAUGGCAAAAGACAGAAGAAAAACCCACUAUAGCUGCUCCUGAGAUUACAGAAGAGAUGUAUCGGCCUGGACCGGUUGGUGCACCUUUAGAGUUUGUUCAUAGAAAACUGGAGGAGAAGUCCAAAUCUGUUCAGGAUCUCCGUGAAGCAGAAAAAGACCCAGGUUUUAUGAGAAGACUGUCUAUGCGCCUAAAGAGGUCCCCUUCAAUUGAGAGGAAUGAGGAAAAGCCAAAAGAUGAAGAUGUCCCAAGGCGACGUUUAUCUUGGGCUUUGGGUCGGAGAGGGUCACAGGACAAAAAGGAAGUUGAGAUGAUGAGAAUGGAUGGAGGACCAGAGGCACCUCCAGAGCCAGAGACCAAAAAGCCAAAUGAGUCCCCUGUGCUAGCCAUGCGUAGAAAGAUCAGCAACACAGUGGCCGGCAUAUCCAUGAAGAUCAGGAGUCAUUCUGAGGAAAGGAAAGAUGAAAAGGAAAAGACAGAAACCAAAAAGACUCCUUUGCUGUCUAUACUACGCCGUUCUACCUCAGAGGGAGGCAGUCUGAAGAGGAUGGGAAUCCCACAGAAUCAGCUAGCUUCCCAGUCUGGCAAUGGAGCCUCCUCUGAGUCCUUGGAUUCCAUGUCCAGCAUACAGUCAGAGACAGCCAUCAAAAGUGCAGAGACUGAGCGAAGGUCACGAUGGGAUCGAUGGGGCCUAUCUAGAGGGAGAAGGGAUAAGACCAUAUCCCAGCCAGACUUACCCACUGCUAUAGCCAGAGAGAACGGCUCGCUCCGCUCUCGCCAGUAUUCCCGGGCAGCCUCAGACUUCCCUCCAGUAUUCCAUAUCAAACUGAGGGACCAUGUUCUGCUUGAGGGAGAUCCUGUCACUCUCAGCUGCUUGCCUGCUGGCAGUCCUCACCCACGUAUCACAUGGAUGAAAGAUAAAAAGCAACUGGAGAUUGACCCAAGAAUGAACGUGAUCUCCUGCCCUGAUGGGAGACAACUGCUGAUGAUUAUGAAGACCACCAAGAAAGACGCAGGCCUUUAUGAAUGUGUGGCAACAAACGCAUUAGGCUCUAUCAGCAGCUCCUGUAAACUCUCUCUUGCCCGUCUGCCAAACCCGCCGGGUACACCAGAGGUUCCUCAAAAGUAUCAAAACACAGCAUUGGUGGUGUGGCGUCCAUCAGACACCGUGGCCCCUUGUACUUAUUGCCUGGAGCGAAGGACAGAAGGUGAAAGUAACUGGCUGAUUGUAGCCACUGGUGUGGCUGACUGUUACUUCAAUGUCACAGACCUUCCGUCUGGCGCCACCUACAGGUUCAGAGUGGCUUGUGUAAAUAAAGCUGGCCAGGGACCAUACAGCAAUCUGUCUGAGAAAGUCACCCUAGACGCAGCAGCACUUCCAAAAUCCACUGGAACUGUCAUCGUCAAGACUCUUCCAUCAACUGCAGGUCCUGCUGUGGUAACAUCCACCAUGACUGUACCUCCUAUAAAGCUUUCUGGGAGUAAACCUGUACCCAGCUCUUCUACAACUCCAGCUCCUGCUGCACCUCCCGCCAAACCUGCUGCACCUCCCGCCAAACCUGCUCCACCUUCUGCCAAACCUGCUGCACCUCCCGCUAAACCUGCUCCACCUUCUGCCAAACCUGCUGCACCUUCUGCCAAACCUGCUCCAACAACCCCAUCUCCUGCUACAACAUCCAUGUCAGCCUCAAUGAAUCGUAAUGCACCUAUAGUAUCUCAGGUCCAGCCUUCUGUCCCCAGCACAUCUGUCCCCAGCACAUCUGUUCCUAGCACACCUGCCCCCAGCACACCAACCCUGGCCAAAGCCAAAACCACUCUCAAUAUCACAAUGUCCAAACCUGCCACUACUACAUCUGCUCCUGUCCUCCCUAGCACAUCCAAACCAUCUCCACCUGUUGUUCUCCCUAAACCACAGACUCCUGUCAAUGUGGUUCCACCCAUGGCAAAGACUCCUUCAGUGUCUCCACCCCCAUUAGUUUCUCCUCCACCCUCCCUUGGUAAACCCAUUUCUUCAGUGCCCAUGUAUGUCCCUGCAACCACAACAGCUCCUGUGACCCCAGUUACCCCCAAUACUCCCUCUCCUGCCCUGUCUCCACCUGUAGUGUUGGUUACGAGUCUCACUCCUGUCGGGGAGGGAAGUGCUACUCCAAGCAGGGUGACCCCUAGCGGGAGGGUCACUCCAUCAGGGCGUGUCACACCUACAGGGCGGAAAACUCCAUUGGGCAAGCCAGGAGAGUCUGCCUUACGGCAGGGUGUACCCCAGAAACCUUAUACCUUCAUGGAUGAGAAGGCCAGAGGCCGUUUUGGAGUCAUCCGAGAGUGCAGAGAAAAUGCUACAGGCAACCUCUUUAUGGCAAAAAUCGUUCCAUAUGAGCCUGAGAACAAGCAGAGUGUUCUACAGGAAUAUGAAAUCCUCAAGGCCUUGCAUCAUGACAAGAUUAUGACCCUCCAUGAGGCCUAUGUCACGCCACGCUACCUUGUGCUCAUCUCAGAGUGCUGCACAGGCAAAGAGCUCCUCCACAGCCUGAUUGAUAGGUUCCGUUACUCUGAAGAUGACGUGGUGUCUUAUACUGUGCAAAUCCUGCAGGGUCUGGACUACCUGCACAGCAGGAGAAUCCUGCACCUAGACAUCAAGCCUGACAACAUUAUAGUCACCUACAUGAAUACGGUCAAAAUCAUUGACUUUGGCAGUGCUCAGACUUUCAACCCUCUCUUUCUGAAGCAGUUCCACCCUCCUAUCGGAACGCUGGAGUACAUGUCUCCCGAGAUGUUGAAAGGAGACAUUGUGGGACCUCCAGCUGACAUCUGGAGUGUUGGUGUACUGACAUACAUCAUGCUCAGUGGAAGGUUGCCUUUCAUGGAGAAUAAUCAAGCGGAGACAGAGGCCAAAAUCCAGGCAGCCAAGUUUGACCUCAGCAAGCUAUACCAAAAUGUGUCCCAAAGUGCCUCUCUGUUCCUUAAGAAGAUCCUGUGCAGUUACCCUUGGGCGCGUCCCUCCAUCAAAGACUGCUUCAACAACUCUUGGCUGCAGGAUGCCUAUCUGAUGCGACUGCGGCGGCAGACACUCACCUUUACCACCACACGUCUCAAGGAGUUUGUGAGCCAGCAGCAGCACAUCAGAGCUCAUGUGGCUACCAAGCACAAAGUGCUCCUGCGCUCCUACUCUGCCCAAACCCCCACCACACCCACCACGCCUACCAUGCCCACCACACCCACCACUAUAACCUCUACGCCCUCCACUCCUGUCACUCAAUGAGCUCGGCUUGGUUUUGAUGGAGCGAUGUUACCCAAGGGGAGAGGAUCUCAGAACAAGAGGACAAAGAGGCACGGGCUUGUGAUGGACUGAGACCAUGCUGAGCCCUGGCUGGAUCACAAGAGUGUGUGUGAACACAUCAGGCCCAGCCUCAGUAACACUACUAUUCAGAAAUAGAGUCAAACACACUGACAGUGUGAUAUGAGAUAAGAAACUCAAGCACAUACUGUACUGACUAAUACUAGCACACACUAGAUUCAAAAGCAUUAAGCUCUAACAGCUAUGGCCAGCAUGCUCAGUGCUGUUGUGUUCAUUGUCCUGCACCUAGCUCCGCCCACAAACAGCCAUGCCACACCCACGUGUUACCUUGCUCUGACCCAUGUUCCUUUUUCAGCGUUUGUCUAAGAUAAAAUAACAUGAACGUGUACAACAUCAUUUGCUAAACAUAUUGUAAAUGUAAACUUUUGUGGUGUUUCCAUUUAAUAAUUCUGGGGCCUUGACAUUUGUGGAGAGAAAUAAAACAAAAAACAAAAAAAAAAACAUGUAUAUCAGAGUUUUCUGCUAGUUUUUAUGAGAUUGAAAAUUUUAUUACAGUUAGUUGUUAUACUGUAUUCAUUAAUAUAUAAUGUAAAGUAGACUUAAAGGACAAUUCCAACGUUUUUCAAAAAAAAAAAAGAAAGAAAGAAAAAAGACUGUCAGCAUAUUGUACAGUGUUUUAAAACCUUUUGGCUGUUUUUGUGAUGAAUUAUUGAAUUUUAUGUAAGAUGUGGCACAACAAAUACCUGCCCUAGGCUUCCACAGGGUAUAAACUGAAUCCAAGCAUCAGUACAUUUUGUACACCCUUAUAAUAUUGUGAAUAUGAUAUUUAUUAUUAAUUUAUUAGACAUAAAAUAAUUCUUUACCCAGAUAAUCUGAUAGCUAGUAUAGUGGCUGUACCUGCUUCAGUUACCUGAGACAAGCUAUGAUUUACAUACUGGGUAGUACGUUAUUGUUAAUAUUAACUUAUUGUAAAAUAAAAUAUGUAAAAUAUUCCUAGGCCAAUUGUAUAAAUUUGAUUAUUAAGGAUUAAUUAGUGAUUAUUUGAUUAAUGGUACAUCCCAGUUGUUAUUUUAUAUAUAUAUAUAUAUAUAUAUUUUUUUUUUAUUCUUCUUAAAUCACAGCAAUUUGUCAGCACUACAAAUUUCCUAUUUAUUAAAGACCAGCACAUUAUACAAUUUAUUUUAUUUAGAGUUGUUUUAGCCACAAAAACAAGUUAACAAGAUGACAAGUGGACAAAUAUAAUGAGAAAAAAAAAUGUCAUGUUACCAAGUAAGAGCUUGAUAUCUGACUGGUGCGAAGUGCUGACACUCAUUCCAAAAACUUUUUGCAGAUGCAACUAAAUAAUACGAGCAAGUACGCACUUUUAAAGAAAAGGAUAAAUAAAAAAUCAGUUUAUGUACAGCAUAUGCCAGAUGAUGAAAGUCCUGGAGUACUCUGUUACUACAGAAAUGAUGUUUUGUUACAAGAAGUGCAUUAAUAUACACUUUUCUUCCAGAGCUUCUCUUACAGAAAGCUAAUCGACAUAUUCUGACCAAUCAGAAGCGAGCAUUUCACUGAGCUGUGCUGUAAGAUGGAUAUAACAGUUUGUCUAUUACGUCUAGUUUUCCUCUUUCAUUAUAUGCCUUGUGGAAAUCUAUGAGCUGUGAAUUUUGUCCCACUUCCAAAAUGAUUUUAAAACAUUGUAAAAGAGCCUUGUGUAUGUGCUGUAUUUCUUCUUCUUCUUUUUUUUCUACAGAAAAUCAUUGGAAUUUUCUUUUAAAUACCACUGAGCACUCAAUCCUUUCUUAUUGUAGUGCCACUUGAUGUUUUACACCAAAUGCAGGCUUUUAUUGUCCUUGAUUUGGGUCCUGAGCAGACUGUGACGUCAGAUUAAUGUUUUUUUUUUGUUGUUUUUUUUAAAGGAAAAGUAAUGUUAGAACUGUUUAAAAAAGAUUCCCAGGAUUUGGAAGUCACUUAUUUAUUUAUUUAUUUUUUAAUGUAUUGAAAGAUGCCUUUGCAUUUAAAGUCUAGAAUGUAUUACAAAUCACUGAAUUUGGGGUUUUUUAUGCAUUUUUUUUUUUUUUGUUCGAUCUGUACACUGGUGUAGUGCAAGCAUGUGAUCAAUUGAAAUAUUUAUUUCAUAGAAUAAAUAGAAUAAAAAUUCACUACCUGUGGCAGCAAGAAGAGGUAUUGUGCCAUUAUUCUUCAGAAAUGUUUCUUUUCUGUUUUUUCAGUCACAAAGCUGCUACAUAAUUCAUUGAUCCUCGCUAAACAAACCAACUAAGUUAUUUACCACUGAUUAACCAAUACAACCUUUAUAACGUCUUUAUUUCACCUGUUUUAAUGGAAGACCGUGCUGUCCACUCAUAUAGUAGGCUGAGAAUGGUGACGAGCAUCAAUUUUCUAGUCAUAACUCAAAUAAUAAUAAAAUAUAGAAACAAAAACCCUGUAUGGUCAAGACAGUAGCUGCUACACUGAAUGACAAAUAAAUGAAAUCUCUUCAUGUGAAA